CAACCACGUCUGCGCUGGACCAUUGCACUCCUCCUCAGCAAUUUACCUCCCUCAAACCACAAACUUUCCCAGACCUCUCGAUUGAGGAUGGCGACAUUAACCCCAGAUCAGAUAAAGGUCCUAGAGCAGACGCGCCAGCGUCUCGUACACCUGACCCAUUCUUUGGGAUCGCUCGUGGGGAGUCUCAACCAGAGUGAUCCUCUUCCGUCAUGGGCAUCACUCCAGUCCCAAGCUAGCAUCAUCUCGAACAACCUCGUCAGCGUCUCCGAGCAGCUGUCCGAACACAACGAUCUCCUUUCCUCUCUCGUCGCAUACCCUGCUCCUAACUACCCUGGUCGCACGCAGUCAGGUACACUCGAGCAAUUACUGCGCACAAAACUCGACCCGCGCGUCGAAGACUGGGUCUCUCGCGGACGCAGUGCUGGUGCUUCAGCCCUCCAGGACAAAGAUGGGUUGAGCGAGGAAGAGCUAGCGGAGCUGUGGGAAUGGGCGCCUAUCGAGGCGAAUCAAGAAGCGAGAAGACGCGAAUGGGGUGGGAAUUACACUUUAGAGGAGAAGGAGAUGGGUAUUCAGAAUGUCGUGACUGGUCUACGACGACGAUUGGAGGAAGAAGAGGAGUCCGGGGAAGAAGGGGAGGAAGAAGCUGAUGGUGAUGAGAUGGAGAUCGUGGGAGUUCAUAAAAGGCCUGGGGGAGCGGGUGUGGAGUUCGAUGUUGCUGCUGAGCGCAACCAUGUGCAGUUCAAGGCAGAGCCAAAUACGUUGCCGAUUGAUGAGGUCUUUCGAUAUAUUAUGACAGGAGCGGUUCCGAAGUCACGGCAGCAGACAUGAAGGAAGAAUUUCCUACAAGGGGGCAUGUGCACUUUGUGUGGCUUUCUGUCGCAUUGAACUCCCGAGGUUCAUUCGCUUACUGCCAUUCAAGUCCCUGAUUGAACUUGAGGAAGUGAUGCCCUUACCCACGACGGUCUUUAUAUGAAG